GAUUUUGGUUCAUCCAAUGCUGUAUUUAUAGGCCUAGUCGCUCCCAAAGACUACACCUCGUCGACGUCUUUGGGAAAGAUGCUCACAACUUCCCAACUUCCAGUGGCCUCCUAUUCAAGCAAAGCAGCAACAGCGUUGAUUGAAAUGGGAGUGGAGAACAUCAUCGCUACGACGCCAACGAUUGAAGUCUAUGUUGAAGUACUAGUCAGGUAUUCGAACAAGCCUUCAGCAUUUAUUCAUGUUCUAAACGAUCCAUCUGUCUAUAAAAUGGAUAAACUCUGGAUUUCAUUGCCGACUGAUGGACGGGCCUUGUACGACGACCAGCGGUCCAAUCUUCUCCAUCCAGAAGCUCAAAUUCAGGUCAUCACACUCCAACCGCAACUCAUGGAACUGCCAGACUUCCGUGACUACUUUCUUCGAGUGCUCAGAAACAACUACCAGAAAUUCCAACUAUUCACUUCAUAUGUGCAGCAGGUGUAUAACUGUAGUGACACGAACUGCGACGUUGACAAGCAGUACAUGCGACAACGACAUCGGCCAUCGAUGUCGAUAGAAGCAGUGAUUCGAAUGACGUACGCCUUUGCAGCCGUCGGCCGCAAAAUCGCCAGUGAUUCCGAAAGCGAGGAAACGUGCAUUCAUCCAACACCAGAGUGCACCGCUAUCAUCAUCCGCGAGCUCUUAGCUUUGGACUACGAAUUCGGGACCGAAGACCCCCCAGAAUUCGUUGGAGAGCGACUAAGCUUCUACAGAGGUUGCGGAAAUGUGCUGCUGGCAUCUGGCAUGACCGUGAAGGCGGUCGAGUUCUUUAACUCUGACGGAGAACUCACUGCCCAUCAGAUGAUGACCUAUACGACGGGACAUCAACCCACCAUAAUCUCAUCAGCGGUCCGAGCAAAAAAUCAACAUAAGCGGUCGAUAUGUAGCCCUUAUAGAUCAUUCUGCGGACAAUGCCAGAAUGUACAGUGGGUAAAUGAAGAGGCAAUCGACUUACAGCGGUACUUCCUAUCGAUCCCUCGUCACUAUCCGAUGUAUUUCGUUGGACUGUUCGAUUUCCAUAGCGGACCUUCCUGCCAAUCGACUGCCACUACCGACAUCAGUCUGCCAAUGGCAUUCAUUUACACAGUGUCGACCAUUAAACAGCGUUUUGCCGACAUGCUGUUGUUAAAAAAUUUUGAUUUCGGGGUGCUAUUUGUGGAUUCGUGUUCUUCAGCCAAACGGACCGUAGAGACUGCCGUUAUGACUGAGACGCAGUGCUUCAGCUUUAGCCAAGCCGAUCGCAAUAUCACAAUCGUUCCCGGCUCGGCGCUCGGAUAUGUGUCAGCAUUAAAUGGGAAUUCUCAGGAAGCGCUCAAGGGCUAUUUUUCCUCUGGGGAUUCUGUAGCUGCACUUUUGACUACAAGUUUGGAUUCCGUUUCUCGUCACGAAUAUUCAACUAUUCCUAGUGCUAGAAACCAGGCUCUAGCCUUAUUGAAAUUUUUAAACAGAAUGCGAUGGCAAUUUGUAACGGUGGCACUCAGCGAAGAGGAUGCUGAGUCUCUGGUGACGUUUCGACAUUUCGAACGUUUGGCAUUGGAACGUGGUAUCUGCUUGGCCGAGGUGUUGAACAUCCGCGGUGUUCGCGCCGACAACUUACCCAUCAGUACUACCACCAACGUCACCAUUGUUUUCUCCACUGCAAGGGAAGCCUCUGCCUAUUUGUCACUAACGCUUCGCUCACCUCGUAAAGUGAUUCACGUAAUGAUGGGCGAUGCUCAUGAUUGGUACCUGCAUGAUACGGAAAACAAGAAACGCUUUCAAGGGAUCGUUUCCAUUCAACCUAAAAGACCGACAAAAGUCGUGAAGAACUUCAGGUAUGUAACCUUUAAGGAUGUACUACAUGAAGAUUUCCGUGAAUGGGCCAGUACAACGACACCGUUGACGCUACCGGAGAGUUGGUUCUGGUCCUACGUGGAGGAUCGCUGGCAGUGCGCAUUAACACAAAAGAGUAAAUUGACUUAUGGAAAGAUGUGUACUGGCGACGAACAGGUCGAUCUGAACAACUUGGGUCGAAUGACCAAAGCUGGCUAUCUCUCCAGAGGAGUAGAGCGAUUCCUGCUUAUAGUGGACUCUGUCUACAAGAAACUCUGCCCUGCACAGGCAGGCUUAUGCUCGGACUUUUAUGAGGACGGACGUCGUAUGAUAAUGAGGCAAAUAGAGAAAACCAGUGUGGAGGACGACGUUGAUAUCUACGAAUUUUUACGUAUUGGAAACGGGGCAUUUUCUUCAGAUCAAUAUACAUACCGUACGAUCGGGAACUGGUCGAUGAAUGGCGGACUGCAUUUGCACGUGCUUUUUCAUAGCUUCUUCAACGAACCAGUAGAGUCUACGUGUAAGCCACCGAUGUGCAAGUGCUUCAUCGAUGGAGACCUUUUCCAGCAACCUCUAGAUUCCUUCCUACUUAAAGCUGAAGACAUUGACGCUGACCGAAGUACGGGUUCGUACGUGAAGAAGCAGCCUGCAUUCGAAACUGAAAAAGUGGCAUAUGGAUCGGUGAUACUGGUGAAGAUGUACCUUCGUGUUGUGAAGGGCAAUCAGUCGCUUGGCAUAUCGUUGCUCAUCGGCAUCAUCAACCUUUUCGUUACUGCAUAUUUCUUCAUUUUUGAUGCCACCGACUUGGUGUGCCGACUUAGACUGGCGAUGCAUGGAUUCGGAUAUUCGCUGUGUUUUGGCGUAAUGAUAGCGAAGGCCACACAGCUGAGGAAUGCCGAGACCCUCGGCUUUGGCAGCUCUGUGCAUAUUUCGUUCUGGAACUACUGGUUGCUGUUGUUCUUCAUCAUUGGUGUCCAAAUAGCUCUCAACACCAGGUGGAUGACCGAGCCAUUCAUGUCCACACUCGCGGUGUCCGACUCGCGGACGGAGAUGGUGUGCACGAUGGGUAGAGAGGAGUUCGUGCUCGCAAACAUCUACGUCGUCAUCCUGCUCUUCCUCACUCUCUUCAUAAACAGCAUUAAUCGAAACAUUAAGAGAAACUACAAGGUGACUAAGAGCAGUUCUUUUAUGCUAUUUUACGGUUUACCAUUUAGCGAUGAACGUUUUCUAUUCAUGCAAUAG